AUGACAACUUGGAGAGCAUUAAUGUCACCAUCUAGAAAUGUGUCUCUUUAAGAAUCUAAUUAAGAUUCUAUUGAUAAUAGAAUUCUCACUUAACUUAAAGGAAGACAUGCCAAAACUAUUACAUAAAGUACCAAUAUUUCACAUUAAAAACCUACCACUAAAAGAUUACAUUCCAAAUCUAUUGAUAUUGAUUAAGCAUUUAUCAAAUCAUCUUCGGAUAAUUUAUUAGAAGUAAUUUAAAUUUCUAUCUUUAAGGAAAUUAAUGUUAUUGAUCAAGAAACUCAUUUAAAUGACAUUAAAGAAAUGUUGAUCAAAAAUUCAAUUUAACUUCAAAAAUUAAAUAAAGAAAUUGAUAUAUAUGAUUAUAAUUAAAGACAAAUUAAAGCAUUAUAAAAAUAAAUUUUGUUUUAGAGAAGUAAGUAUAAUUUAUAAAUCAAUUCCUAAAUAAAUGAUUGCAAUAAAAAGUUAUUACAAAUUUAAACCAUAUUACAACCAAAUUAUUGA